ACACGGUGUCCUGUGCAGGUCUGAGCGACCACGAGAUCCUCUCGCAGUCCAUGAUCUUCAUCUUCGCCGGGUAUGAGACCACCAGCAGCACUCUGUCCUUCUUCUUCUACAAUCUGGCAACCAACCCGGAGGCCAUGAAGAAACUGCAGGAGGAGAUCGACCAGACCUUCGCUGAUAAGGCUCCGGUGGACUAUGAAGCCGUCAUGAACAUGGAGUAUCUGGACGCGGCGCUGCACGAGUCUCUGCGGCUGUUCCCCGUCGCUGGUCGACUCGAGCGGGUCUGUAAGAAAACGGUGGAUAUCAACGGCCUCCUCAUCCCUAAAGACAUGGUGGUGAUGAUCCCGACAUACGCGCUCCACAGAGACCCGGAUUACUGGAGCGACCCGGAGAGCUUCAAACCCGAGAGGUUCACUAAAGACAACAAUGAGUCGAUCGACCCCUACAUGUACAUGCCCUUCGGUCUGGGG